AAUAAAAAAACGAUCAGGCAAACUAUGACUAGAAAAAUCUGCGUUGCUGUUGAUAAUUCUGAGACUAGCAAGUAUGCUUUAACUUGGACAAUAACCAAUAUCUACAAACCAGAGGCAUCUGAUAUAAUUUAUAUUUUACAUUCUGUUCAAAUGCAAGCGGUUUCACCAUUUUAUAGUUCUCUUGACGCUUCCGGGACCUCCGCUGAUCUUCUCAUAAGUAUGCGUGAACGCGAAAUGGAAGAGGGGAGAAAUAUUUUAAAAGAUUAUGGUGUAUUCUGUGACCAAAAAAACGUUAAAUUCUUAUUAGAGUUAACAGUUGGUGACCCUCGUCAUACUAUUUGUGAAUUCGUUGAAAGUCAGAACAUCGAUCUUCUUGUACUCGGGAACCGUGGAUCGGGUCUUUUAAAACGCAUUAUUCUUGGCUCUGUUAGUGACUACUGCUUAAAUCACGCUGAAUGUCCCGUUCUUUGCGUGAAACAACAAAUUUCACAAGGCAAGGAGCCUAACGAAUAAAUUUUGUGUCCAC